AUGAAGAAAUUGGCAAUUGAAAACCUUUGCGUUUACUGCAGCAGUAGCCAAUCCUUUUCUUACUUGCAAAAAUGUGACAAGGAUUUGAAUUUUGGCAAUUCCUUUAAAAAUGAAUAUGAAAGGGAUUGUUUGAAAAAGGUUGUAAUAUACAAAUGGAGAAAAAAUUUGUCAUGCAAAGAGUGCUUUCAGAACAUACUAGACAACGUACAAAAUGAUGAAAACAUUGAAUAUGUGAAAGAAAAAUAUCGAAGGAGAGAUAAAAAUUCACACAAUAUUUCUCUCACUGUGGAUGGCAUAAAGGGGGAACCGCUUCAUAUCCUAAACAAAAGUUUUUUUAAAAAUGAAAAAUGUAUGAAGUUUGCCAAUUCAGAAGAUAGCCGGAAGAGACGAAGAUUUAAACUCAGAAUUUUUGUAGACAAGAUUAAGUCAACAAAGGGAGGAACUGGAGGGAGGAACGGGAGCUGCACAAGUAGGAAUGAAAAGGUGGGAAGAAGUCAGGUGAAAAAAACACAAACUGGAAUGGCUAACCAAACUGGAAUGGCUGACCAAACUGGAGUGGCUGACAAAACUGGAAUGGCUGACCAAACUGGAAUGGCUGACCAAACUGGAAUGGCUAACCAAACUGGAAUGGCUAACCAAACUGGAAUGGCUGAUCAACUCGUGAGCGCAAAGGUGAAAAGGGGGAUACCAAGAAAACACAUGCACAAGUACCUGUUCAACAUCCAUGUGAGAAGAAAGUAUUAUGAAAGAGUGACCAAAUUGUGGUUACGCAAGUUCAUCAAAAUGAGUGGUUCAGUGUAUAAACAUUCAGCUAAAGAACUAAUAAAUUUUCUUAUCAUAAAAAAUUUUCAAAUGUUCGAUGUUGAAUUAUGGAAUUUUUUUUUUCCAGAUAAUGUGACAAACCAUAUGAACAUGAAUUUGUAUUUCCUUAGGGGGAAAGAAGGAAGUGAAAAAAAAAAAUUUUUAAAAGAUUUGUUUCAAUCAUUUCCUUUCAAAUAUGCGAAUGAUCUAAUAUACACAAUUGAUAUAGACAAGUAUCAGCGGCUCCCAAUUGUGAGUGACUGCAGGUAUGUAGCAGGUCCUAUGAAAAUUUUUACUAGGGAAGACAAAGUUGUAAGAAAUUGUAGCGAUGUUGUAAGAAGCGAGAGGCAGAAAUGUUCACAGAAUGUAUAUGGGAAGGGAGAUGAAGUAUCUAAUGUUAAGAAGAAGAAGAAGAAGAAGAAAAGAACCCUUAAAAUAUUUGACACCUUCAGUCUCAGGUGUGAGCGACAUUUGGAUGAACUCAGAGUGGGGAGAGGAAUGGUUAGAAGUGGUGCCAGGAGGGGGACAAAUAAAGAAUACAUAAAUAAAAUAAUGUACCCAAGCCUGUACGAAAUUUUGCAGAAGGAAGAAGCAAUCGAAAAUCUCACGAAGAGAAGAAAUAGGUGCCUUCGAACUAUAGAUCCAUUUAAUGAAAAUUUUGAGAAUAUCCUCCUUAGUGUAACGAGAAUAGCUCUAGUGAAGAAAAACGUUUGGAAGAAGCAAAUGUUCAAAGUAUUGUGUGAAUUCUUGGAAUCAAGAUUGAAGCGUGUAAAUGUGAAAUGGAACGAAGAAAAGAAAAAGGAAAAGACAUCAAGGAAAUGUUUUCAGGAGAUGAAUUCAGAGAUGAGUAAUAAAACUAGAGGAUUAAACUUGUUUAAUGGUGGAUACUCUUUUCUGCUAAUUAAAAAUUUGGGAAAAUUAAAUGAGCUUCAACUAUCCACAUUAAGAAAACGUUGCAUUAUUUUAUUACUUUUAAAGUAUGUAUACUUGUGGAAAGAACUAAAUUUAAAUGUGCAUGCGUUCGCCUUAUCAUCUGAUGAAAGUUAUCAUGAGACAGGAUUAGGUGACAGUAGGAUGAUCCCACUUAGUGAGUACUUGUCUAAAUGUGCCAUGUUUCAAUUUUCUACCUUUGAACUUCCUCCAUUCUUGCAUGAAUCUAAGAGGUGUCAAGUUUUAACACAUCUUUUGAAAAAAAAAAAAAUGAAAUAUACGAAGAUUGAUGUAAAAAAUGUAGCAAAAAUUACGAACAGUUUUAGCAAAAGUAUGCUAGAAAAGUUGUGUAGAGAUGAGUGUCGAGAGAGAUUUAUUUAUGCAAUGAAAAAGAAUGAGAAGGGGAUGAAGGAGAUGGAAAUGGGGAAGAUGGAGAUGAGGGAAAUGGAGAUGAAAGAGAUGGAGAUGAAAGAGAUGGAGAUGGAAGAGAUGGAGAUGAAAGAGAUGGAGAUGAAAGAGAUGGAGAUGAAAGAGAUGGAGAUGAAAGAGAUGGAGAUGAAAGAGAUGGAGAUGAAAGAGAUGGAGAUGAAAGAGAUGGAGAUGAAAGAGAUGGAGAUGAAAGAGAUGGAGAUGAAAGAGAUGGAGAUGAAAGAGAUGGAGAUGAAAGAGAUGGAGAUGAAAGAGAUGGAGAUGAAAGAGAUGGAGAUGAAAGAGAUGGAGAUGAAAGAGAUGGAGAUGAAAGAGAUGGAGAUGAAAGAGAUGGAGAUGAAAGAGAUGGAGAUGAAAGAGAUGGAGAUGAAAGAGAUGGAGAUGAAAGAGAUGGAGAUGAAAGAGAUGGAGAUGAAAGAGAUGGAGAUGAAAGAGAUGGAGAUGAAAGAGAUGGAGAUGAAAGAGAUGGAGAUGAAAGAGAUGGAGAUGAAAGAGAUGGAGAUGAAAGAGAUGGAGAUGAAAGAGAUGGAGAUGAAAGAGAUGGAGAUGAAAGAGAUGGAGAUGAAAGAGAUGGAGAUGAAAGAGAUGGAGAUGAAAGAGAUGGAGAUGAAAGAGAUGGAGAUGAAAGAGAUGGAGAUGAGAGAAAUGGAGAUGAAAGAGAUGGAGAUGAAAGAGAUGGAGAUGAAAGAGAUGGAGGAGUAUCCCCCAUUCUACAAAACACUGAAUUUUCAGAACGAAUCGCAUGCCUUUAUCCAUACUCACGAAGUUGAAUUGUAUAAAAAAAAAAAGAUAUAUAGGAAUUUUAGAAAAAGUGCACUUGGUAAAAAAACACACGGAUUGUAUGAAGUCAUAGGAGAAGAGGAUCUGAUACACAAGCUAAGAAAAGAAGUAUUACACCACUUUACUUCUAACUGUGGAAAAGAGAAUAAGAUGAUGCAUAAUGAAUACAGGAUUAUGAAACUACCUCCCGCUUCUCCCGCUUCUCCUGCUUCUCCCGCUUCUCCCGCUUCUCCCGCUUCUCCCGCUUCUCCCGCUUCUCCCGCUUCUCCUGCUUCUCCCGCUUCUCCCGCUUCUCCCGCUUCUCCAUCUGCUCCGUCUGCUCCGUCUGCUCCUCCUCCGUCACCCUGUUUUCCCAGUUAUGACAAGAGGAAAAGAGGCAUUUCUACACCUCCUGUUGGAAUAUUAAUACACGGAAAAAGUGGAUCUGGAAAAACAUUCAUAUCCCGAAGAAUCAUUGAUGAAUGUAAUUGUACCUCUAUGAUUAUUAACUGUUCACAAGUUUUCAAUAAAAUUAUGGGAGAGUCAGAAAAAUUCUUAAACGAAAUUUUUGUGUAUGCAAAAAAUAAAUUAGGACCGUGUAUCAUUCUAUUUGAUGGAAUAGAAAAUAUUUGCUUUAACACGAACCAACAUACUUCAUAUCAGAUGAAUAGAUUUGCAGAGAGAUUAAAAUUAUGUUUUUAUGAAAAUAUGGAUAAAAUAUUUUUUGAAAAUAAAUGGGGUACCAAUAAAACAAAUGCAGGAAAUGUAUUAAUCAUAGCUACAACUACCGACCUUGCCGAUGUAGAUGCAAAUUUAUUAACAGAACAUAGAUUAAAAUAUGUAUAUCAAACGAAGGAUUUCCAUCUAUGGGAUGAUAAAGAUGUGUUUAAGCUUCUUCGUAACAGCUUGCAAAGUCAUAAUGUGAAUUCGGACAAUUUCGUUUUCUCCCAGGAAUUUGAAAAUUUUUUUAAUGGAUUCAUUUUAAAUCACAAAGAGGACUUUUCACCCCUUUUCAUUUCGAAUUUGUGUCGCGACGUUUUUACUGGAUACGUGCGACGCGUCCUCUCUCAUGAAGGAUAUGAACCAAAUCAUGGAAUAAAAGUGGAGGAUUUUAUCAUAGCCCUUAGAAAUGCAAGUCCCUGA